AUGGCCUUGAUCCAUCGUAACCCAGUGGCCGAACCACAAAUUGACGAUUUGCCGACAAACACAAUUGACCCAAAUCUUGUACCAACGAUAACAUCGACUACCACCUCUCCAGAUAUCGCCGCUCCUGCGGCGGCGCAACCCACCGUACUAGCAACCUCACAGACACUUGAGACCUCAUUGGCAUUAUCACCAUCGUCAGUUGAUUCAGCAAUCACCGGGAUACCUUUGGGUCAUUCGUCAACGAUCUCACCAACUUCAACUCCCACUUCGCGAUCGACACAUGAAACUUCAAGUCCUUCUGCUACAGAAGCUGGAGGCACAGUCUCUCCAGCCGAGGCUGGUGGUAUUGCGGUGGGCGCUGCAGUUGGCGGUGCGAUCCUUGCGGUUUUAGUUUUGCUUGCUUUCCCCCGGCUCAGAAGACAUCGACGCGAUCGAACAGAGGCUUCUCCUUUGUUUGCAGAAGAAGAGAAAAAGAAUAUACCCCGAGUCGACAGCGUACUUGAUCACCUGCCACAGGGGUUCGCAGAUGAGACCUUCCGCCAGAAACUCGGGAAGCUCAGCACAGACAUCAAGAAUUUCGUGGACAGCUUCUUCAACGAGGCGCAUCUCCAGCUGGACGCUUCGACUGAGGCAAGCCUCCAAACCCUCGCUGGUCCACCAGUCACUGCGUCAUCAUGGUCGGCCGCUUUUCUCAACGACAAAACACGACGUUGUGUCAUUCGCUUACUCAUAGCUCAACUUCUCUUCAAGAGUAUCCAUCCCCAAAAUGAUACCGAUGUCAACCUACUACCUCACCAGCUGUUGGCUGCUUACCAAAUCUUCCAGAAAGGACCACAAAAUAGCAAGAGAGAACGUGGAUUUGGAUCAGACAUACCUAGCCGCAAAACGCUGUUGGUGCUAUGGCGCCAGAUUUCUAGCCAUCUCUUCCCCGCAGAGCUGAGAAUAGAGCAAAAUCAUGCAGAAGUUGGCAAGAUCGCAUAUGCGCUAGCUCCGCUCCACCCAGACACGCAUGGUAGCUUCCAUCGUAUUCUCGAGAGCCUAGUUCAAGACGCGGGUCAGCUGGGGCUCGAGCUUUUCGCGGAUGCACAUGAGUGGGAACCGAUAUGGACUCAAUCACACAACAACGUCAAUGGGGCCAUGGUGGUGUUUCCCGGCGUGCAACUUUCUCGCAGGAGCACCGGUGGAGAGCAACACCACGACGAUAUGGAAAUCAAGGUCACCCUAACUUCAUGUAUUGUAGAGUACUGAGCAGAGAAACGGAUACUACCGCAUGGAGAUGGACACUCGGGACUCCAACUUGAGUAAUGUGCGCUUCGAUAGAUUUCACCGAGUAGAGCUAGCUCCUCCUUUCAACCAGUAUUGACUGACCCCUUUUAUACUAUUGAAGAACCCCAAACCGCAUCGG